AUGAUCCCGCCCAAGGAUCUUUUUGGAUUGUCCGAGGGCGUGUUAAACGGUUCAGUCACAGACUUGCAGCAGCUCUGCGAUCGAAUUGCAGAUUGCUCCAAAUCUGAGUUAUGUAUCAUUGAGCCAGCGUUUUACAUACACCUCAACCCAGAUCGCAUUCCUGUCAAAUCAACUCCAGCCGUUACCACCGAUAUUGAACUCGCCCGGUGGUCCCUUGUCGGUAUUGCCGCAAGUUUGGGCCGUAUCGAUGUUCGUUUGGAAAGAUCGCGUCUUCUUGUAACAUGGAACUGGACUCAACACGCUACUACACCCGCCCUUCGCCGCCCGAUCGCAGAGUUGUGGAUGUUAGCCAUUGAAACAAAAGAUGAAGACGUGUUGAACCUUCAAGUGUCACUACAUGGCUUCGGUUGCGUCACUUCUCUUCGAUUUGUCACCGCCUCCUUGAUCGUAGAUUGCACGGGCAACGAAUCCUUUGUAACUACACUACUGGAAGCGACAGGUGGCGUUGGCCACUUCACUUCUGCAGCUUUGAAGUAUGUCAAAACCAUACCAUCGGUGGUCGACUUGAAGUAUCUUGAAGUAACCUCCGAGGGUGUCCGGAUGGAGCUCGUUCAAGCCGUGUCAAUGUUUUCAUGCAGUGUUGAAUUUAUAUUAGGAAUGAGUAUGGACAGUGCUGCGAUACGGGAAGGAUUUCUCGCACGACACUCUAUCAGACAUAUUUUCUCGACUCUCCGUAUUCUCCAGCCUCACAUCCAUGAUGUAGGGGGCACAGAAAAAGCAUUCGCCUUGAGUUUUCGGUACCUCUUUUUUCUCCUUGAACGUGCCGACGUCCCUGUAUUGGUGUUCCACGAAGCUCUCCGCGGACAUGCCCUUGAAAUAGCGGUCCAUAUGGUUCCCUUCGUACCCGUAGAGAUGGAAGCGAAUCUUCAUAAUACCAGCACGGCGCUUUUUAAGAUAUUAUUCCACUAUCUUGUUCACGACAAAAUCUUGACCUACACCUACAAACAUGUGGACGCCUGGUCUAAUACUUUUGGACCAAUCGCGAGACAACACAAAAAAAUCUUGGAAGAUUGGUCCGCGUUGGAGCAGACGAUACGAUCAUAUGCCAGUCUCAGGUCCAACUUGAAGGAGAAAACGAUAAUGCAGGCAUUGUCCAAUGAAAAAGGCUGUGUUCUUGUGGUGGCACUACGGGAGACGUCCAGCUCAGGCAAUGCGCGGGAUGUCAAGUUGUACGGUACUGCUCAAAGCGAUGCCAGCGUAAUUCCUGGUAUAGUCACCAUAGGCUCAUCGUCACCGCACUAUGUGAAACGUAGUCUCCGUCUUCUAGCUGCCCUAGAAGACAGACAGAUGUCGUAUCAAGGGGACGACGAUAUUCCGAAGUUAGUCGCCGCUGCGCAACAACAAUAUCCGACAGACAAUGAACGGCUCGUGGUCGAGCUCUGUGUGGAUCAGCUUGAUGUAUCGGUUCGGCCUCUUCGACACUAUCUCUUCCUGUUUAAAGGACUCUCUGAAAGUGAUGUCGUGAAAAGUUUAUCGUCUUGGAAAUUGAAAGAACCGAGGAGCCGUCGAGCAUUCUUGUGUUCGGUGAUCGCGAUUAACGAUCAAUAUCAUUCACAACAGAUUUUGUUCAGCCCACGUACUGCAUUGAACAUGGAGAUGAAAUUGGGCCGUAGGUGUUACUAG